UGGAAGAUGUGAAUGAAGACUACAACUACACCAAACUGUGUCGCCUUCAACAUCAGCUUUAUGACCUGGCCCCCAAUGACGUCAGACUUGUGUGUAGAUACAUAGAAAGUUUGUUACCAUAUUAUCGCUUCCAAGAGGAACUACUCUCUAUCUCUCCAUUUGUUUCACUGAUCUACAAGUUUACCACUGACACCGAGAGUGAAUUCUUUAAAACCGCUGUCAGAAACAAGAUGAGAAGAGGUCAAGUCAUUGGCUCAGAUAAAAGAUCUAUAAUAACGAAACAAAGAACUGGAAACGUAGGAUGGGUCAAAAAUGAAGAUUCAGAAGUCGCAGAUAAAUUAUCUCAAAAAAUUGCCCAUGUGACUGGUUUGAAUACAUCGGAAAAUGAUCAAUCUGCAGAACCAUUUCAAGUGGUCAACUAUGGUUUAGCAGGACAUUAUUUUCUUCACACUGAUGCAGAAGAGGACCAAUUGGAAAGAAUAAUGACGUUUCUUAUUUAUCUGAGUGAUGUAGAAAUGGGCGGAGCUACAGUCUUUCCAAAAGUCGGAAUCUCAGUAACUCCUCAAAAAAACAUGGCUUUGAUGUGGUAUAACUUUAACACUGCACACAAAGAGGACGAAAUGACUCUAAAUGCUGGAUGUUCAGUUCUAAUUGGGCAAAAGUGGAUUCUCACCAAGUGGAUAUCAUCUAAAAAUAAUUUAUUUAGAAGACGUUGUGGUCUCAAGCCAAAUCUUACACAACUAGACAUUGAAGACGAUAUGAAUAGGAAAUAUGGGACAUAACUUAUUAGUGCUAAGGUUAUACAUACACACUAAGGAUUUGUUAAAAUAAACAUGUCACGAAAUAUCUUU